AUGUACGCUAUUGGUCUCCACAAUCAAGUCUGUGCGAGUUGGAAGUCAAGAACUUAUAGCACUCACGUCUCAUGGAUCAACUUGCAAGCAGCUGAACUAGGUUUGAUGGCGAUUGAGGUAGUUCGAGAAACUUGGCGAAUACAUUUAACUCCAUCAGAAGCUGCUGGAUUGGCUGAUAAGGCGGGACAGUCACGUGAUCCUGCUGUCGUUGAAGAAGCCGCUCGUUUGGCUUUGUCGGUGCUCCCAUAUGCGUACACGUUAAGUGCAGCCGAAACACAACGUGCUCUUUUACAGUGCGGUGAGCAAGGAGCCAGCUUACUGGAGAGCGCGUGUCGAGCUGUUGAAGAAGCUGCAAAUAAGGAGACCGUGUUUGCUGAUGUAUUGUUUCGCGUAGCGCGAUAUUGGCAUGGUUUACACUAUGAACUUGACCACACACCUGUGGUAGUGCAUCAGCAUCGUCAGAAUCAGACAGCUACUCAGUCUCUAGCUAUUAACGCCAGUAAUCAACAUCAGCAGUACUUCAAUAUAUCAAGUACUCAUGCACAACAGUUUUACUAUGAACACGUUCACCCAUCGCAGUCGAUUGCGUUCAUUCAAGGUCAUCCGCCACCGGUACAAGCUAGCAGCUGUCGUGGAAUUUUCAGCCAGUCGACGAACAGUAGCAAUGUUUCUGUUGUUAGUGAAAUGGGGCGUUUGCAUCAAAGUCAAUCAGCCCCACAGCUAUCGGGCUAUCGUAUCGGGACCCAGACUCCACCUUACGCUGAGGACAUUCGAUGGUUGUUCACUAUAUCUGUGCAGUUGGGAACACCAUAUUUUGUGAGCUUCCUUGAUGCUGUGACCAAAGCGGUUUCAUCGCCUUUUCUACUGUUCCAGUUCGCCAUGGAGGCGAAUACCCGAUUACCGCCAUAUCCUCAACAAUACUCGCUGCCACCAAUAAAUCGCUCAGUGCCUGUUACGCAGUCAUCUCAUUCAAGCAAAGCUUUUGCUCAUGUGGCUGGCAGGACUCGAGCAGUCUUGCUGCAAACGUAUGCCCAUCCUUCCACCGCCGAGUUGUACGAGCGCUGUAUUGAGCAGUUUUAUGCUGCAGCUGCGAUCAAGCUCAGUCACAACCGAUUCAAUAGUAGUGACAUGGAGGAUGCACAUCAUCUGCUUGUGACCGCGAUCGCCGCUUUUACGCGUAUUCCGCAUGCGCCGACUGCGCACACCUUGUUGGAGGAUUUCUAUCGGCAUGUGAAAAGACAGAAAGCCUGGAAGAAGGAUGUUCAGCAUCGCCUGGGUUCCUUAUUGCACGAAGCAUUGAAUCAGCAACGGUAG